CCUGGGCGGCUUCCCGAACUCCUUUUCCGCGACCGCGCUUCGCGUCCCGCGCCCUGCUUGGUGCUCCCGCCGCGUCCCUGCCGCCGCUGUCCUCGUCACUGUCACCAUGAUCUCCUUAACGGACACCCAGAAAAUUGGAAUGGGAUUAACAGGAUUUGGAGUGUUUUUCCUGUUCUUUGGGAUGAUUCUCUUUUUUGACAAAGCACUACUGGCUAUUGGAAAUGUUUUAUUUGUCGCAGGCUUGGCUUUUGUAAUUGGCUUAGAAAGAACAUUCAGAUUCUUCUUCCAAAAACACAAAAUGAAAGCUACAGGAUUUUUCCUGGGUGGUGUAUUUGUAGUCCUUGUUGGUUGGCCUUUGAUAGGCAUGAUCUUCGAAAUUUACGGGUUCUUUCUCUUAUUCAGGGGCUUCUUCCCCGUGGUGGUCGGCUUUAUUAGAAGAGUGCCAGUCCUUGGAUCCCUCUUGAAUUUACCUGGAAUCAGAUCAUUUGUAGAUAAAGUUGGAGAAAGCAACAAUAUGGUAUAACAACAAGAGAACUGAAGACUCGUUUAACAUAUUGUAUUAUUUAUAAAUUCCUUCAAAGGAUAUUCAGCACAAAAUUAAAUUACAUGAAAUAGCUUGUAAUGUUCUUUAAAGAAGUUCAAAAUGUGUAGCCUACAGAGUACCAACAGCAAUUAGCAAAGACGAAAACAGAUUUGUUCAUCACGUGUUCUGAGAAGUCAGCAAGCAAACUGAAGUUGCUGAGACCCAUGUUACAAUCCAUAUGGAGACUGCGGGGCUCUUUUUCUUGUUUUUCCACAAUGUGUGAAACAGCCAUCCCGAGAGAACUGUGGUGCCUGUGAGCGUCCAGAAGGACUGUUUCUCGGAGCCUGCGCGGCAUUGGCAAAAGCUUUUCCAGUUGCACUGUGUUUCUGAAAGUGAAGCAUGCGUUUGAUUGGAUUAUGUCUUUUCAUGUAUUAAAACCGGGGGCAAAUUUUUUUUUGAUGUAUCAAUCACUUUUUUUAAAAAACAUGGCUAAAAUAAAACUUUUGUAGUUCUUCUGAAUCUUAAUGUUUCAAAGUAGAUAAAAAUCAGAACUAGCUAUUCUUUGUAAUAUGCAAAGGUCAUUCUUUAGGUUCUAUAUUACAACUGACCAAGCACUUUUUUCUUUAGCAACACCCUUGGGAAAUAUUCACCUUUCUUGGGAGUCUGACCUCAUCCCUUGAGUAUCUGCCCGAAUUGUUCACGUAACAAACUGUACUCUUGACCAUUAAUCUGUUACAUGACUUAGUCUCAGCGAAUUGUGUUUUAUUUAAGAUACUAAAUGAUGCAAAGUAAGUGGAUUUUUCCCUGUCAUGUUGUAGUUAUUCCUUUCUUUUCCUUCCAUUUAGGCAGUACAUUUAUUAUUUUAUUUUUCAUAAAUUACAAUCAGUAAUGAUUGGCAAUGCUUACUUUUAAAACAUGUAAGAAAGAUGUUAAAAGGUUCAACUUGCAGCUUUUUAAAAGGGCUAAUCACCUAAGCUGAGUUUACCCAUUGUUUUCUCCUUUUUUUCUUAGUAAAAAGUCAAAAAAGGGCAUGAUACAUGCUUUGGAUGAGUCCUCUCCAUCUUGAGUAAUGGAGAAAAUGGGUUCACAUACUGACAUUGUUUUAAUACAGUUAAACUGGCUAUAGACUCUAAAAAAGGAAUGUGUUGUCUUUCCUACUUUCACUUGACAGACACUAGGGAACACUUGUUUCUUCAAUAGUUGUCCAUGGUAGCAACUUUACUGGUAAAGAUCUGGAAACACAUUGCAGUAAUCACCAUACUAUUUGUUUUAUCACUAAUGAGUGCACUGUUUGCUCUUUUUUUUUUUAACUUGUAUAACUUUUCAUACAUGAGAUCAUAAUUGAAAUCUGGUUUUUAUUUUUAAAAGUAUCUUCAAAAUAUAUGACAGUUUUUUUCUUAAAUUUAAUCUCUUGUUUCCCCAAGAACUCCCAGUGUUGCUUAUCUACAGAAGGAAAGACGUGGUCUAUAGUCUGAUGGUUCAUUCUUGUGGAUUACUCUCUUUGACACUGACAUUGACUUAGAUAUAAUCUGUGAAAUGCAGUGAUUCUGGCAAAUGGAGACUCCUACCUCAGUAGUUCUUGGAAUAAUAAGAGAUCUGGUGUUGUGUCUAACGUUCUUUCCUUUUAAAAAGUAAUACCUUCACUUGAAGAGUGUCGAAUACACACAGACAUAUGUGGACCUUUGAGGGAUUGACUAACACGGUGCCCUGGAGGACUCGGAUAUACAUGCUUUUGACUGACCUGCAUUAUUUAAAUGGCUAGAUAAUUCUACCUUUUUAGAGCAAGAACGGCAUCUGUUAAUGCAAGGAACACCUGUAUUAUUUAACGUGUUUAUAGACGUGCAUUUCUACCAAGACGUCCUUUGCACUGUGACGGAUUCCCUGUUCAGUCUUCAGAAAGCAUCACUAGGCAAAGCAGAUUGGAUAAUCUCCCAGUCCUUACUAGUUGGAGGCGCUGGAGCGGUUUUCUGUUUUAACUGAGUCCACAGUUAAUAUUAAGUAUGACUUUGGGACUACUGUGCAGCAUUGUAUAUGUUUUUUUCAGCACUAUUGAUGAGGCUCUAUUUUGAAGCAUAUUUUCUCACAUCACUGUACUUCAUAUCAUCUCUCCCUUUCCAAAAUUAGCCUCCUGUCUUUCUGAGAAAGAUGUACUUCAAUUAGUUCCAUACACAGAGAGGAAAAGGUCUAAUACUACUUAGCCUUAAGUGUUUCUGUCAUUGUUCAAAUGUAUUUUCUGUAACAGAAACAUAUUUGGAACGUUUUUCUUUUCCCCUUAUAAAUUGUAAUUUCUGAAAUACUGCUGCUUUUAAAAGUCUCAUGGUCAAAUUAUAUGAUCUAACAAUUGAGUAGUGUAAAUACAUUUGUCUUACCUCUCAAUAAAAGGGUACUUUUCUAUUAAA